UUUAUUAUCAAACAUGGCAGCGUCGAGGAGCGAAGAAGAACUUUUAAAUGACACAAUAUAUGGACUUAGAUCUACCUCCAAAGGGCAGUUAUCAUAUGAUGAAGAUUGGCAGAUAAAUGAUGAAGUGUCAAAGCAACUAUCGUGCUCCUUUCAGUCAUUUUUGAAUGAAUCAUUUGCAAGCUUAUAUUUAGAGGAAAAUGAAUCUAAUACGAUGCCAACAAUAGAGAAUGGAACGGAAUUUACCUCUAAGACAGAGCUCUCUGAUAGUUUAAAGAAGAACGAUGAUUUGUUUGAGAUUCCGAUAAAUUAUGAUGUUGAAAGUAAACUUAGCAUAAAAGAAUAUCACGAGGAGUGUCGCGGAGAUGUGGAACAACGGAAGGCGAAACGGAAACACGUAUUUGACAGACGGUUCAAAAAUUUAAAGAAAGAUACUGAAAACACGUUGAGGAGUAAACAGGAAUCCUUAGCUGAGGAGAAGAGAGACUAUGAAGAAAAGAUAAAGGAAUUAAAACAGCAAAAUGAAGAAGAGUUGCAAAGAUUGAAAAUUGAACUUGAUAAACAAAGGCAAAAAUGUAUGGAGUAAAAUUGGAUGAAAUAUUGACAAGAACUCUGGCAGAAGAAAACUUUUUAGCAAUAGAAAGGGAGGAAAGAAGAGCUGUUGUGGAAAAUUUAAAGACAAAAAUCUCCUCACUAUACCAACAUGUUUUAAAAAACGUUGAAGUAAUUGAACAGAAAUUCACUGAUUCUAAAAAUAUGUCAUUUGUUGAUGCUCAAGUUUAUGAAGAGAUCUCAUCAAUGUUAAAUGAAAUAGUUACAAAAGGCCGACGUGCUGUAGUUGACAGUGAGGCAGUUGAUGAUCCUUCAAAUGCAAAGACUUAUUCUGAGUUUAUGAAUAAGUUGAUACAAGUUACUUUCUCAAUUGAUGCUAAGGUUACAACCAUUUUAGAGGAAGCGCAUGAAAAAGCAGUAAACGAGUUGAAAAAGAGAGAAUUAGAAGAAGAGGAGAAAAUUAAGCUUGAGGCAAUAAAACACGAACAACAAGAGCAAAAACGUUUCCAAGAACAAAAAGCAAGAGAAAGAGAUAUAAUUCCUUCUGAAAAAGAAAUAAGUGCAGAUCAUAAAAAUAAGUUGUCUACAGAAUCUACCAAAGACAUCAGCAAAGGCAAUGAAGUAUCAUCUCAGAAACUUUUACAAUUUAUUUCUACAAACACUUUAGAAGAGUACACAACAUUGCAAGAACAUUUGUCAACGGUUCAGGCAUCAUAUAAAGAAUUCAUUUCAGAUUCAACACAAACAAAAUAUAAAUUUGAUCUGCAAAAAGCUGUCAAUACUCCAAUCAAUGCACUCUCAGCUCAUUCGCCAAGUCAAUUAAAUGACAAAAUACUUCGUCUUGUGAAACUAUUGUCUGGAGGUAACGUUGAAGUUGGAGGGAAGAGAGUAAACUGCAAAAAUCAUCCAAGUGCUAUGAUAUAUUGCAAAGAUCUGGUGGCCAAAAAGCUGGUUAUGCAAGGUGCCCAACAAGUGUCAUCAAACCCUCAAUCUGCAUUUCUCUAUGCAGCAGUCAUGGUUGGAAUAUGGUCUGCAUUCCCAGAUGUUGGUCAGCUUAUUUUGGCCCAUUUCCAUAGAAGUUACCCAUACCUUGUUCCCUACUACAUGCCCCAAGUUGAAGGCCAGUCGAACAAUGAUUUCCACAAAGCUUUGGGUUACUCUGUCAACAAUGACAAAAUUGAAGAUGAGGAUCAUUUUUUGAAGAAGUUCUCUGGAACCGUCCAGCUCUAUGCUGCAGUGGUUACAUCGAAAGGGGCAACCACGUCUGACCAUCCUCAUGGUAUCGACAAGGGUUGGACCUGGCUAGCCAGGACCCUCAACCUCAAACCUUAUCCAAGCAUCACUGCUACCAUGUUAUACGAAUUUAUCAAAGUUGCAGGACACCUCCUAAUGAAACAAUACGGUAAACAAUUUCAGAAAUUGCUUCUUAUGUUAUUCAAAGAUUUUAUCCCAGCAAUGGAUGAGGUAACACCAGCAAAGAAAAAAGCUCCUGUUCAGAGAUUUAAAGACUUCUUAGAUGAAUGUGUGAAAACACAAAAGAUUGCCGUACCAAAAGGUUACCUUACAGAACGUUGGUGGCAGAGUGGACACUUCUAGUUUAUUUGUACCUAGUCAGAGAGUGAAAUUGCUG